CACAUCAAUUUCUAAAAGGUGACAGGAGCAAACUGCGCCGUGUGCCGACAACCCUUAUUCACCCGUUAUAAUUAUGUCUAAUUCACUGUAAAUAAUACCACCAUGGCGAUUGCAUUCUGUGGAAGGCGAGUUAUUUUGACUAGGAACAGUUUUCUGAAGACCUUGAAACGUAGGAAUGGAUACAUCAUCCUUCUCCCUGAGAUCGGGGAGGACUUGCCGGAGAAAAAUCCAUUGCUCAAGGAGGAUGGUCUCCCUGAAUUCAACACAUUUACAAUCGAAAGAUCAAUGGCUGCUAUUGGAGCACAGACAGCCCUGUUUGAGCAGGGAAUUGCAAAGAUUGAACGUAACAUAAAAGCCGCUGAUAAUAUCGAUAUAGUAAACCAAGUGCUCCACCCUAUAGAGGAGCUCUCGGUUCCCCUAGAAACGACCUGGGGUGUGACGAAAGCCCUCUACUUUGGCAAUCAAAGUUUGAUGCCCACAAAAUACUACAUGAGCAUCCACAACUGUAUGAUAAGAACCCACAUCGCCAAAUACACCAGUGUACCACUCCAUCAGGCCUUCAGAAAUGCCUUGACCUCGAAAACUCCCUUAACCGACGAGGAAAGGCGUCUGAUUCAGAAGUACCUCCUGGAGGGUCGUUUCAACGGUCUGGAGUUGAGUGGAAAAUACGCCGACGAACUCAAACGAGUUAUCACGCGAACCACCAAAAAAGCGGAUGAUAUGUUGAAGAAAGUGGAACAUUCGACCGGAGUUUUCAAGACAAUUAUUGACAAUCCAACGGUUGUCAGGGACUUCCCCGAGAAUUUUCUUCGUCAGAUCGCAGUAGACCCGAAAAAUCCUCACUCCGCACCCUGGAAGAUAACCCUGGAGCCUCGGAUUUACUCACAGUUCAUGGAAAACUGUCCAGACAGGGAAAUAAGGUGGAACGUCUGGCGGGCGUACGUUGGCAGAUCAUCGAUGCACAUGGACGGUAACGUGAGAACAAGUGGAAACCUCGAGGACAUUCGCGAGUAUAGGUCGCAACAAGCCAAGCUCCUGGGUUACAAGUCCUGGGCGGAAAUGAGCAUGAUGACGAAGACGGCCGAUAAUCUCGAUACAGUGUACUCUGUCCUAUAUCGCCUGCUGGAGACGGCGAGACCAGCGCAGGAGAAAGAGCUAGAAGAACUGACCAAAUUCGCUCAGGAACGAGGCUUUGAGAAUAAUCUCCUAUGGUGGGAUGUGGACUAUUGGAUCCGAAAACACCGCAGGACAGUCUACAAUUACAAAGACGAGGAACUUUGUCAAUACUUUCCCCUUCCCCAGGUUCUGAAGGGCCUCUUCAGUCUCGUCGAGGAACUCUUUGAUGUGAGAAUCGUCGAGGGGCGGAAGACUGAUGUCUGGCACACAGACGUUCGAUUUUUCGACGUUGUGGAUCUGAAGAGAUCCCAGGAGCCAAUAGCCCACUUCUACCUGGACCCCUACGCCCGGGAGAAGCACAAGAUGUCCCUAGAGCAGGGUGGUUGGAUGGUGGCCAUGCAGAGUAGAAGUAAAAUCGUUGGAACGAAGCCUCUCACAGCUCUUGUCUUCAAUUUUCCCACUCCGUACGCUGAUGUUCCUUCCUUGCUGUCUGUCAAGGACGUCACGGAGCUCUUCGAGAAGGUGGGAACAGCCCUGCAACACCUACUGACCACCGUAAAUUAUGCGGAACUCGCUGGCACUGCCAAUGUCGAGUGGGAUGCUGCUGGAGUCAGUGGACACUUCAUGGCGAACUGGUGCUAUGAACCCAGGGUUAUCAAACAAAUAUCUAGUCAUUACAAAACACAGGAGGCACUCAGUGAUGAGCAGGUGGAGAGUAUCAGGAAAAUCAGGUCACAUAUGGCUGGUUAUCAACUUUGUAAAGAGAUUUAUCUGUCGAAUUUUGAUCUAGAGCUUCACGACUCCACGGAUUUUUGGGCAAAAAUACAGACGAAACUCUGGGACAAACAUUUUGUCAUUCCUCACGAUACAGAUGACUCACAGAUUACUGCAUGGGUGUCCAUAUUUUGUCAUAAUUUGGGAGCUGCGUAUUACAGUAAUUUGUGGAGCCAGAUGAUGGCUGCUGAUGUGUACAGUGCUUUUGCAGAGGUCAAGGAUAAUGAGGCGAAGAGGAAGGAGAUUGCUGGUAGGUUUAAGGAGACGUUCUUGGCGCUGGGGGGAAGUGUUCCGGCUGGAGAGGUCUUCAGAAGAUUCAGGGGACGUGAUCCUAAUUCUAAGGCGUUACUCAAGAAUCUUGGGCUGAAGGAGGCGGCGGGUGGGAGCAGUGAUUGAGUGGGAAUCACAUGUACAUUGUAAUAUCAUGGAAAAACUUAACGAAGUCGGUGAAAAAUUUUGUUGGGUUUCUACUCCAAACACUUUGAAAAUUGUGGCAAUUUUUUUCCUGUACAAUAAAUCGUUUUGUAUUCAUUAAUUUAUUAAGGACGAAUUAACUUGGAAAAUAUGUUUACGAUGUAACAGUAAAAUCCAACAGAUUUUUCAGGUGAAGUCGAUAUGUUUUUCAAUAAUUUUUUUGUGAGCAGCGGGGAUAUACUGGAUGCAGUAGGUUAUAGAUUUUAAGAGUCGGACGACCGGGCUGAGUUUUGAAGAGUUUCUUUUUGAAGUUUAUCACAAAGUUAGCAUAUAAAUCCAUGUGAUUUUUUUGCCUGUUAAUACAUAGUGAAGCAGGAACGAUUUAUUUGAGAUUCCUAAGCCGGAAUAAACAAAUCAUUUAUGCACCGAAAAUAAUGAACUUGAAAACUUAUUUCAAAUAAUGUUGCUCCACAAAAUAUUAAAAGGGAUUCUUCAUGUAAUUUUUUUAUAAAAAAAAAUGCCCAGCUCUGUACGACAUCCAACUGUUGUACAAUGACGUAUUGAAAUUGUAGAAUAGGGCCGAGCCCAGUGAUUAAUGUAAUAAAUUUCGUUAAUGAUA